UCUGAUUAGUACUUUGAGAGCUUCUGAACAACCAGCAGCAUAUCGGAUUGAUUAAAAUUUUAAUAAUAAUAUUUGUUAAAAAAUGACACUUCAGUGGAAAAUAUUGCCAUUUCUUUUCUAUGGCUUUGCGGUUGUGGUGGGCCAUUUUCGAUACCACCGGAGUGUAAGAUAUUCCCCGGAACUGGUCAACGAUUUGAGGGAGUUUGGCAAACUCAUUCCCAGUGUCACCAUCGAUGAGCUUGUCGCCGAGCACAUGAUUACGGAUUCCGGCUUUCGCAAGGCCAUUAAAUUUUUGCGCAGCUCAGAUUUCAAGAGGUUCCGUCAACACACAGAGUCUCUGCCCGAGGUAGUAGAUCUGAUUAAUUUUGUGCAUCUCAAUGACACGGCAUCCGGACCUAGACAGUACCACAGGCGUCAUUCAGACCGACACCGCCGCUGGGCGGAGGAGGUAUUUGUGGUGCUUCUGGACGCAAACACCUUGGACUGGGAGAACUUGAGCUCUUUCACCAGCUUUGUGCAAGACGUACUCGGUCAUUUGCCCCGAGAUCGAUUUGUGGCAUUAAUAAAGGAGAAGCGUCAAAAUAGUGCCAUUUUUGCAAAGUUUUAUGAGGCCUUGAAAAGUGCAGAAUUCAAAACAAAGGUCGAGGCGGCCUGGAACACAGUGAACGUGCAGGGCGUCAUACGAGAGCUGUCUGGACAUGGAAUUAAUUCCCAGGACCUGAAGACCGUUGGCUUCGAAGUCCUCUCCUGGGGCCCAGCCUAGUGUGAGCCCUUUUUGUCAUUGUAAUCCAAAAACUCAGGUGUUUUGCGAGGUACUGCCGGAGUGGCUUUUUGGCCGUAGUUGUAGGCAAUAGCCUCUCCAAAUAUGUGGCUAAUGAAAAUUCCAGUUACGAUCCAUUCAUGCCAAAAUUCCAACCGAUAAAAGAUAGCCGGAAAAUGCAAUAAAACAAAAAAAUGAAGAGCACAAUAAAACGACUAAGCAAAUAA